AUGGAUAGAACUGUUUAUGAAGCCUGCAGUGAUCUUAUAGUAGAGUUUGGUACGCAUGUGGUGAGUGCAGAUGAAGUAUUGGCCGAGAAAGUGGAUCAUUUGGUUCCUGUGCCGUUCAAGACUAGGGAAGACUUAGAGGCUGAUUCUGCAAAGGAUCGUGCUGAUGGGCUAUUCGAAGGGGAGAUUGUACCGAGAAUCGACCUGCGUGUUUUACAUUAUUUCGCUACGCAAUUGAUUGUACAGCGGUAUCCGCACUUGGUGAGGUGUUUUGAUGAGACAAGUAUGAUUACACUGGGGCUACUAGUCGAAAAAUGGGUUAGAGACUUUUUAGUGGAGUAUGAGAGUGGACGGGUGAAAGAGGGACCCUCUCAGUGUGUCUCAAAAGCUGUUAAUUAUAGAGUUUCGCCAUCAAACAUUUAG